CCCACGCUGCCAAUCCAGAAAACGAGCUUCACGUGAAUUCCCGUUCUCUGAGGACUUCCUUCAUCACUACGCCGAUGGAUUUCAAAGAGUUAGGAGAAGAGUCCCCCGAGGGCGACGCCAACGAUCUGGACAGCGUGAAAGCGCUUACGGAGAAGCUGAAGCUGCAGACCCGCAGACCGUCCUACCUGGAGUGGCAGGAGCGGGUAGAGAGCCGACCGUGGAAGGAAAGUGACAGUCCGGGCUCUGAGGGACAAGUCGCCUCCACGCCCGCAGUCCUGAGAAACGAGAACUCGGAGCUGGUCGUGCGCAACAUCUGUGGCUUUGACACUAUCGAUGAUGCCUUGGACUUUCUGAGGAAAGAGCUGAGGGAGAUGCAGGUCCAGGACAACCGCCUGGCCCGCCAGCUGAUCCGUCUGCGUGGGGAGAUCCACCGGCUCAAAGUGGAGCAGACGUGCGACCGCCACAAGGAGAUGCUGGACGAUGCCACGUACGAGCUGGAGGAGUGCGGCGAGGAGUCGGACCUGCUAUGCGACAUCCCCAUGAAGGCCGCCUUCGCUCUGUCCAUGCCGCUCAAACACCUGGGCCUCACCAAGAUGAACAUCAACUCCAGACGUUUCUCACUGUGUUAAAAAAAAAAUCCCUUGUUCAGGCCUGUUUCCUCCUCGGGAGCUGUCGAUAGUGUGAAUAGAGUGACUGCUGACUAUUGGUGCCCUGGGUGAAAACGAAAAUGAUUUUGCACCUUGACUUGACAUGCAUGAGGAGGCCUCAGUGUGAAGACCUGUAAGGGCACACGCCCUUACUGUUAUACAGGCACACCCUCCUGCUGGACGGAGCCCAGGCUGCUCUGUUGUUGACUGUUCUUUGCACAGUCAUGUUAAUCAGAGUGGACGGAUGAAGGCUAGACUUAGAUGCAAAGGUAGAUAUGGAGUUACGGCAUUAUAUCUUAUACCCAAUGAUUUUGUGUUGUGUGAAGAACGUUUCACUUGUGCCAAAGAAGUGAGAAACAGUUAUGGGGAGAGCGGUACUGUUUUGCAGAAGAAUAAUUCAUCGACGAAGAAGUUCACUUCAGAAAAGAAGACAGUGUAGAGGGAGCUUCAUGGUUGCAGUGCAGGUCACUUUAAGUCAGUGGUUCCCAAAACUAGGGGUCGGGGCCCAAACAAAGGGUCGCGAGAUUUAUCUGAGAGGUUGUGAGGCGAUUAACCACAAAAAAAGAUUUUCCACAGUCUUUCCUUUUUUAAAUUAUUGAAUAGUUACAUCUCGCCCACCCUCUGGUUGAACUGGAUACAUCCAGUGAUGAGGGGAUGGAAGUUGUUUUAUUUUAGGACGUCACAAUGCAAAAAAAAGGUUGGGGACAAGUCCUUCACAUCACUAAUACAUUUAUUUGUGGAGUGAAAAAGUACAACACGUCUGGUCCGAUAAAGAACAUGUUCAGCAACACUUUAAAGUAAAUGGAGUCCGUUGAUAGAGCAACAUAUUCCAGCUGUUGAAGCCUUCAUCAGGGCUCUGUCCCUCCCGCUAUCCUCAAAGGAAGUGGGAUGUCACACUCCAGCAUUUUGAAGCCUCUUCUUCACAAACCAAAUAUAUCUCAAUAUCCUCAGCAGCGCAGCGCACCCAGGAGGCUGUGCCUCACGAAAUUUUGUUUUCCAUUACCGCGUCCAGAUGCUGCAGAGCACGGUUUACAAACUAUAUAUGGCUGGACAGUGACCAAGUUGUAGCUCGGGCAAUUUAGGGCAAGUUAAGUGGUUUGUUUUAUAGCUUUAUAUUAUUUGUAACAGCAAGUAUGAAUGAGUAAUUAGAUGUUUUUGUUUAAUAACAUGAGACAUUGGUUUUAACUGUUUUAAAUGUAAAAAAACAAAAACAAACUAUAAGCGUUAUUGUUAAAUCAUGCUACUGUAAUAUGAAUGUAUAUAUGACAAAUGAGAAUAAAGACAAAUGCCUUAAAACUCUCAUGUUUUCUUGCACAUCCAGCACGAUAUUAAAGAGACUUUUCUCUGUCUCUGUCACUUUCAAUUCAGUUUUAUUAGAAUUUAAAAUGUUGGUUGUUACAUUGAUAGUGGAAAUUAAUAUCAUAUGGAAAAUGCACAGGGGCCGAGGUAUUGUACCUUGAGGCCUCGAAUCUCCAGUGAAUGCUUUGAAAGUUAAGCUCUGCAGACUUGUGCUUCUCGUGCCCCUCAGCUCUGCCCUGCAGAUAGUUUCACUUGAACUUUUCCACCAUAUCAUACCACGUGUCAUCGCAUGAGCAUAAGCUGGUAUUGGAGUGUUUGUUUUGAAUCGAAACAAACUUAUAAAUGCAUACUGUUUGAAUUGGUUGAAGGCUGUUUUGAAGU